GAUUACGGGAUACAGAACCUCGCGGAGGAAAGAGAAGACCGAAGAGUGCAAUUUUCACUUAAAUGUUUUUUUUUUCUUAAGGAUAUCACGAUGUUGAAACAGUCGGGUUACUUCGUUUCGGAAGCGCCUUGAAUCGUAGACUUUUUGGUUCUCAUUCAGCGUGGGAAAGAGCUCGGCAGUUUACAAUUGCUGGGCUAACGUUAGAGGUUCUUCAGAGUUGAAGAACAACAACCGCUUCCUUUACUACUUUGCCCUGUGACAGCCAAUUCAAUUGACGGAUAUCACUACCAUGCCAGGCUUCGUCCAUUUUUACUUUGAUGAUUUCAGAGUCCAACUCAAGCUGUAUGGUGUGAAUUUCACCUAUCAGCCCAAUACAUGGGGCUUGCUGUAACCGAAUUUGCAACGUUGUUAUUGCUGAAGUGACCACACUGACAGACUUUAAUUUGUAUGCUAGCUGACGUUAAUGUGUUAGCAAAGAGAGAGUUGGGACGACUGGGUACAAAAACCCAUAGCAAACCUACGCCUCCUCCCCUCUCCAGGAUACUGUGUAGUUGUGUGCAGUGUGGAAUAUCGUUAUGCCAAACAAGCAAGUUGAUCGAAAAUACUCCUGAGGUCGCCUAACUAUUAGCUAGCUAGCAUAUAAGAAACUCAGCCUGAAAUCUCUGAAGAAUGCAAUAACCAGGCCUUUUGUUUUGGGGUACUGGAGAUAGCGAAGAAAAUCUAUUAUUGUCAUUUCACAAGAGGACCUCAAGGCUGAAAAUGUCCUUCUUUAAUUUCCGGAAAAUAUUUAAAUUGGGAGCUGAAAAGAAGAAAAAACAGUAUGACCACGUCCACCGAGACGCGAAUCCGGAGGAAAUCUGGGAUAUCAUCGGUGAACUUGGUGACGGUGCCUUUGGUAAAGUUUACAAGGCCCAAAACAAGCAAACUGGCGUACUGGCAGCCGCCAAGGUGAUUGACACUAAAUCAGAAGAGGAGCUGGAAGACUACAUGGUGGAAAUCGACAUCUUGGCGUCAUGCGACCACAAAAACAUUGUCAAGCUAUUGGAUGCCUUCUACUUUGAAAAUAAGCUCUGGAUCCUGAUUGAGUUCUGUGCUGGUGGUGCAGUGGAUGCAGUGAUGCUGGAGCUGGAGCGUCCACUGACGGAGCCUCAGAUCCGGGUGGUGUGCCGGCAGACGCUGGAAGCCCUCAUCUAUCUCCACGACAACAAGGUCAUCCACCGCGACCUCAAGGCCGGCAACAUUCUCCUCACCCUGGAAGGGGACGUUAAACUAGCGGACUUUGGUGUGUCAGCCAAAAACACUAAAACCUUCCAGAGGAGAGACUCCUUCAUUGGGACGCCGUACUGGAUGGCGCCGGAGGUGGUGAUGUGUGAGACGUCCAAGGACCGGCCGUACGACUUCAAGGCGGACGUCUGGUCCCUGGGCAUCACGCUGAUCGAGCUGGCACAGGUGGAGCCGCCCAACCACGAGAUGAACCCCAUGAGGGUGCUGCUCAAGAUCGCCAAGGCCGAACCGCCCACGCUCAUGCAGCCCUCCAAGUGGUCGCCGGAGUUCAGUGAUUUCCUCAGGCGAUCCCUGGAUAAGAAUGUGGACAACAGAUGGAGCCCAGUUCAGCUUCUUCAGCACCCGUUUGUGAGCAGCGUGUUGGACAACAGGCCACUCAGGGAGCUCAUCGCCGAGGCCAAGGCUGAGGUCACCGAGGAGAUCGAGGAGUCCAAGGAGGAAGAGGAGGAGGAGGACCACGAUGCCCAGAUGCUGCUUCCUGGACACAAGCGCGCCUCGUCGGACGCCAGCAUGGCCAGCUCCGAGGACGAGAAGCUCUCCCAGUCCCCCUCCAUCCUCGAGUCCGUCCCCGAGAAGGCCGAGACCGAUGUCCCCCGCCGCCCCUGUCCCCGUCUCUGCCACAGAACCUGCCCCUGUGCCCGCUGCCCCUGUGCCCGCUGCCGCGUGCCUGUUGUGGAUGUGCCCAAAGCGGAGGUCCCCGAACCUGUGGAGAACCACAUCCAGGAGCCUGCUCCAGCCGAAGAGCCUUCUGUCAAGGUGGAGGAGAACGUGGAGAAGGAAUGCGACGUGGAGGAGAAGGAGGUGGAGGUGGAGAGGCCUGUCGUGACAGUGGACGGAGAGGAGCCAAAGGUAGAGGAGGCGCAGGAGGAGGUAAAGAAGGAGGAGGAGGAGGCUACCACAGUCGUGGAGGAGGCUCAGCCGAAACCAGAGGCAGUGGAGUCCCCAGAGGAGGUGGAGAAGGAGGAGGUGGAGGAGAAGACUCCGGAACCCCUGGUGGACAGCGAGAAGGAAGUGGACGAGGCCGCACCCGAAGUCGAGAAGGAGCCCGAGGUGGAGGUGGCGCCGGUCGAGGCUGAGGUCGUGCGACCAGAGACCCCUGUCGCGGCGCCAGCCUCACCAGCCCCCGUCGAGGUGCUCACGCCGCCGGAGUCACCCGCCCAGAAGGUUCCGGAAGAGGAGAAGCCCGCACCCCAGGCUGACAAGAGCACCACGCCCGUCAAGCCUCGCUACGAGCGCGAGAGGGACCGGGAGAAGGACAAGGACAAGGACUCGGACUCAGGGAACGGCAGUGUGGACCUCAACCUGUCCAUCUCCAGCUUCAUGGCCAAGAACAAGGAGGCCAACUCUAUUAGCAUACAGGAGGCGAAAAGACAGAAGAAGACGCUGAAGAAGACUCGUAAGUUCAUGGUCGACGGCGUGGAGGUGAGCGUGACUACGUCGAAGAUCAUCACGGACAACGACACUAAGAAUGAGGAGAUGCGCUUCCUGAGGCGUCAGGAGCUGCGGGAGCUGCGUCUGCUGCAGAAGGAAGAGCAGAGGGCCCAGCAGCAGCUCAGCAACAAGCUGCAGCAGCAGCGCGAGCACAUCUACAGACGCUUCGAGCAGGAGACAACGAGUAAGAAGCGCCAGUACGACCAGGAGGUGGAGAACCUGGAGCGUCAGCAGAAGCAGACCAUCGAGCGGCUGGAGCAGGAGCACACCAACCGGCUACGCGACGAGGCCAAGCGCAUCAAGGCCGAGCAGGACAAGGAGAUGUCCAAGUACCAGAACAUGCUCAAGAACCGCAAGAAAGAGGCCAAACAGGACGUUGGACUGUCGCCCAAACACGUGAGAAAUGUAAUCAUGAAACGCAUUAGAGAGGACCUAAUCCAAACGCCGCACGAAGAGGGCGUGGCCCAUGUCAUGAUUCAGUCUUUCCAGCUCUCAUCCUGCACGCUGUUCAACGCCCCCAUGCAGGACGAGCAGGAGUUCCUGCAGAAGCAGCAGCAGGAGCUGGACAGUGCCCUGAAGAAGAUCAUCCAGCAGCACAAGCACGAGCUGGCCACCAUCGAGAGGGACUGCCUCAACCACAAGCAGCAGCUCCUCAGAGCCCGCGAGGCGGCCAUGUGGGAGCUGGAAGAGCGCCACCUGCAGGAAAAGCACCAGCUGCACAAGCAGCAGCUGAAGGACCAGUACUUCAUGCAGAGACAUCAGCUGCUCAAGAGGCACGAGAAGGAGAUGGAGCAGAUGCAGCGCUAUAACCAGCGUCUGAUCGAGGAGAUGAAGAACAAGCAGACGGCCGAACGUGCCCGCCUGCCCAAGAUCCAGCGCAGCGAGGCCAAGACCCGCAUGGCCAUGUUCAAGAAGAGCCUGCGCAUCACUUCCUCCACCGUCUCCCCCGAGCAGGAGCGCGAGAAGAUCAAACAGUUUGCAGCACAGGAGGAGAAGAGGCAGAAGAAUGAGCGCCUACAUCAACACCAGAAGCACGAGAACCAGAUGAGAGACCUGCAGCUGCAGUGUGACGCCAACAUCAGAGAGCUGCAACAGCUCCAGAACGAGAAGUGCCACCUGCUGAUUGAGCACGAGACCCAGAAGCUGAAGGAGCUGGACGACGAGCACAGCCAGGAGCUGAAGGAGUGGAGAGAGAAGCUGAGACCUCGCAAGAAGGCUCUGGAGGAGGAGUUUGCACGUAAGCUGCAGGAGCAAGAGGUCUUUUUCAAGAUGAGCGGCGAGUCAGAGUGUCUCAACCCCUCGGCACAGAGCCGCAUCUCCAAGUUCUACCCCAUCCCCAGCGUCCACUCCACGGGUUUCUAACACUCGAACACACACAUACUGCACACACACACACACACACACACACACACACACACACACUCUUGGGGGCAGCGAUGCACACUACAGGCUGCCACAGUUGUGGAGCUGCACCUCUGCUGCCUUGACCCUUGACCCCUCUCCUCCACACCAGCUGUGAGGUGAUGGAGGAAGGACCCACUCAUGAGGAUUUCACUAGUUGCCCCUGUGUUACUCUGAUUCUCUCGUUCCCUCUCUCUCUCUCUCUCUCUCUCUCUCUCUCUCUCUCUCUCUCUCUCUCUCUCUCUCUCUCUCUCUCUGAGUCUCUCUCUCUCUCUCUUUCCCUUUUUCUUUUCCCUCAUUCCGUUCUGUCUUUAUUAUUUAAAAAAAAAACACACUAAACACACUCCCCACUUUCUGUUGACAGCAUUGGACUUUGAGAAUGGUUAGAAAGCUUCACUCCUCUUUCGUUUUUGACACAAAAAAACCUAGUGCCUAAACAAUGGUUUAAAUCGACCACUUUUUACUGGGUUGAUUUAUUGGAAAAAGUAAAUUGCUGCUGAAUUGUUCUUUUGCUCCAGAAGGUUAUUUACACUACAGGAAAAAAAAAUUAUCAUGUAGGGAAUAUGUAGCAAUGCUUUAGCAAACCAUCAUGUAGCCUCAGCUUAAACUGCAAUAGUAAUUUUGCCACAAACUCCUCCAAAACACCCAACCGUAGCAGCUGAACCUAGUUAGAAUGACAGAGAAGCAAAUUAUGAGCACACACCAAAACAAACAAAAAAGGUGGGUGGUCAAAUGAAAAAGAAGAAAGAAAGAAAGAUAGAAAGAAAGAAAAGGAAAAGAAAUGAAGGAAGAAAAUAUGGAAUUUUGUAGCCAUUUGACCCUACUAAUUGUUAAGCAAAUUCAGGAUGAAAAUGAUAUGGCACAUUCUUGUCAGUAGCACAAAGGAUGAAGAGUUUUUUUUUUUUUUAUCACAAAAAUAAAUAAACAUAAAUCUGUUGAGGUCCUAAUCUUACAGCAUAUAAUUUUGUAGUGUAUCCAUGUCCUGUGGGACAAGAAUUCAGGCAAGAAUAAUAAUAAUAAUAAUAAUAAUAAUAAUAAUAAUAAUAAUAAUAAUAAUAGAAAUGCUGUCUGCUUGCUGUAGUGCCUUGAUUGCAUUCUGUUCCUGUUUAAAGGAGAAGGCAGGAGUUUUGCUCCCCCCAUGUGAAGGGUCCCAUAUCUCAAGUGAAGACACUUGGCUUCUCGUACUCAGCGAUGACACAUUUUUGUUUGUUUAAAUUUUUCGAUAAAAGAUAGAUGUGGUCAUACUCAAUGAAGGAUUACAACUUUUUUCCUUUUUUUCCCCUGACAUAUCGAUAUGCAAGAAAGUUUUACAGCCUGUUGUGUUUGUUUGUUUGUUUGUUUGUCUGUCUGUUGGUUUUGCCUGUGGUUUAUAUAUUUUUGGACUUGUUUCAUUAUUGCUGCUGUUAUGUACCUGAGAUUUACAGCGCACUUUUUUGUUUUUGUCAACACUACAAGCCCAUCAGUAGAAUACUGAGUAGCGUUCAUCACUACCAAAUACCCCAAUCAUAGCAAGCAUGCUUUUGAGUGUCUUUGUUUCUGUUUAUAAUCAGAAAAGUACCUUAAGUGAUUUUUUUUAAGUGAUGACAAGUUUACUCUGCAUUUGUGUAGAAGUUACCAUGACCAUUUCAUGGACUUUAUUUUUUUUUUUAGAAGUCAAGUUGUACCUUUUUUACUCUUAGUUCAAGUUGAUUUUGAUUACAUAUCACUACAGGAGGAUGACGUUUAAUUUUCUUUCUUUUUUUUCAUUAUUUUAUCAUCUCAAAACUACAAAUAUUGUUGUGGUAGACAUGAAGUGUUUCUAAUUGAGAGAUGGUAUAAUCUCAUGAAUUUAUGCGCUCUGUGGUAAUCAUUUUAAGCUACAUUUUAGUGAAAGCUUCUUUGGCUGUUUAUUUUCUUUUUUUACACUACUCUGGAAGUACUUGCAUUUAACUUUUAUCUAAACCGUAAAUGCAAUGGAAAUGCAGGAACACUCUAGUAAGUGCAAGCACUUGUUGGAGUGACUCCUCUGAUGAGCCUUUGGUGUUAAUGUGAACUGCUACAACUACAGUCAAAUCGACAUAUAUGAAGAUGUGCUGAGCACCUUUCUCUGGAGAUCUGAAGAAUUUUUGAGAGUGGAUAUUUAAAGAAGAUCAUGACCAUUCUAGAAUUAUUUGGAUUGUUUUUUUGUUUUCCCAUAUAAACUUGCAUUUGAAAUGUAAGCGAAAUCACUUACUUUGUGCUAUUUUUCGUAAUUAUUCUGUUUUUCGUUAUUCUGACCCCAUCCAAUGCAAUGCCAGUCAUAAAAUUUGGAGGAACCUCCGGAUUGCAUUUUUAAGUACUGUCUGUAACAAUGUAAGACAUAAUGUAUUUGCAAAGAUCAGGUUGUUGUGGUUUUUGUUGAAGCCACAGAUGAUUUAGUGUAAUUAAAUUGUUUCCUGUAUAUAAUAAAAGAUGUCAGCAUCUUUA